GUUUCAUGUCCACCAACACUCGUAAUGAUCGCCUCAUUUCCUUCUCUUCCAGUCUGGAACACGCUUUACCCGGUGGAGCAGGCCGAGAGGCUUGCAGCCCAGAGACAGGGAAACCAAGCUGGAAUGAGGUGAAGCUACGCGACGACAUGCUCGAGACCUAGUCUACAUGCUGACUAAGCUAUGGAAAGGGCUGACUGAGGCCUUGGUGCGCGACUCUUGCCCUUGGGACCCCCAGUCCACCGGCCACGCUGAUUUGCUUGAACCCACCUCUUAUCAUGAUUCUAACUCAACCCCUGUCUUGCUGCAAGCUGAUGGAUGGAUAACGGGACCCAAUCAUCGGCUCCUUUUCUGGGUACCUCCCUCUUCCCGACGUGGAUUACAUACUCCUUGGACUGUAUUAGUGAUACCCAGAGGAUAUCCUGAGCUUGAUUUGAGCCGCAUGGCACAUGGAACACGCUGGUCGAGUUGCCGAGAUGCCUCCACGUAAUGAUGAAUUUAUUGCUGCAAUAGCGAGUGUACCAUUUGAUCCUUUGAUUCCUUAUCAAUUUCAUACCUAGCACCGAG